AUGCCCCGCAGCGUCCCUUCGCCGAGGGGCUCGAGGGCAAGCGGAGACGUCCCAGCAAACGCCUCGCGUCGGUCAGCGUCCCUGACGUCGAGGUCUUCGUCGGCUCAGGGCCCGCACUCGGGCUGCAGUGAGCGAUACAAGAAGGGCAGCUCUGAAUCCUCUGCGACCCGCCGCCGGCUUCGACGAACACGCGGGAAUUCGAAGAGGCACUACACCGCACACGCCUGCCGCUUCUCUCCUUAUCGGCCCCCCUCAGCCGCCAUGUUGGAUCCCUUCCCCAAUUCGAGAAUCAACUCGCUCUGCAUUGUAGGUCUUUCCACCCUUUUGACGGUCCACCGCACCGGCGUUCGACUUUAUUGGGAGCGACAGCUUCCUACUUUGGCGCCGCCCUCGACACUGAAGAUGCUUGCAAGCCGUCUUUCCAGCAACGCUGCCGCCACCAGCGCAUCGCCUGCUGCGGUGCCGCACGGCGUCCACGAGGCGACAGGCGUGUUCGAGCUGAUGGAAACGCGCCAUGAGUUCCAGGUUCGCGAGUCGUACCUGUGCGCGGCAAUGCAGCCGGUCCUUGUCAGCGGCUCUCUCUUCCUCUCCAAGUGGAGUCGCUACUUCUGCGUCGCGUCCGGCAGCGACCGCAUCGUGCACGGCGUGUCCGUCAUGAGCAGCGGAGCGCACUUCUGCCUGAACCACACGCAGCACCAGACGAGCAAGGUAGUGUGCAUGCAGUGCACGCAGCUUGCUCUCGAGCCGUGUCAACCGCUUUCCUUGACACCUGCGGUGGUGAGCGUCGAUGAGGUGGGCACGGUGGUGCUCUUUGACAUUGAGCGGGAGGCGGCGUCCGUCCUGGAGCAGGCACCGCUGUGGUAUCGGCAGACCGACGCGCGCCCGAAAGAAACGGGCGCGGCUGCAAACCCCAGCGAAGCCACGAAUUCCACUGGGAAUAGCGGCGGGCAUGCCGGCCGCGGUCACCACCAGACCCCUCUGCGGCACCAAUACCUCACGCCAGAAGAGGAGGACCACGUCCUGAACACCAUAGAGAAGGCGGCCAUGUCGGAGCGCGUCCUCUACCACCUCGAGCACGGCGUCGCCACGCGCGUCUCUCUCGUCGGACCGUGUGUGGAGCUGUGCAACCGCUGUCACAACGCCUUCUCGCGAUCGACGUCAUCACGGGGGUACAAGCUGGUGAGCUUGUACCUCUGCUCGCGUGCACGAGACGUGCCCGCUGGUGCGACGCCACCGGAGCAGGUGGGCGACGGCGACGGUGGCGUGGCUGCCGAACUCAACGUAGUUCUUCUCAGGGUCCUGUGGGGUCCUCGCCGCGCCUUUGUGCUGGAGGAGGUGCACCUUAUGCACGAGGUGGCACCGAUGGACGUGUGCGAUGCUGGCAUUGCCAUGAGCUCCCCCCCAUACGAGGUGGGCAUGCCCAUGACGCUCUUACUGACGAGACCCGCACUGGAGCUGUGGAGGCUGUGCGGGUGCACGGGAGACCGUAUCGAGACGUGUCGGGUUUACGCCGCCAACGGCGACGGCCCCCGCCGUGGCUCUCGCCGUGACGCCUCGGAAUGGCUCCUUCAGUGGGUACCCCUCGGCCGCCACCGACUAGUAGUCGAGAAAUCCACAGACAGCGAGGAGGAGAAUUCUUGGUCCUGUACGGUGGCAGUGACGAGCAAUGACAUAGUCCUGCUGCUUGGCAGCGCACCGAUGCCCGUGGAUCGCGACGCGCUGGGGGAAACGGUACUGGUCGCCGCUUCUCACGUCGGUGAUCAAGGUAAUGGGGCAACGAGGAGAGACCUGGCGGCGGAACCAUUCAAGGACACGGACCUGGAGGCCUGGCUGGAUGAUAUCACCGUCCCUGAUUCGCUGCCGCCGUCGUCGCCGCCGGCGGCAGAGAGCGGCUUAGCCGUUCCUGCAACCGCUAACGCUGCUGAGGCACCAGCCGCGGGAAGUAGGGCUACGGACGACGGUGGCGACAACGACGACGUCUCGGCAGCCCGUGACGCCGUUACUUUUCCGUACACGGUGCUGAUGGAGCUGUACGCCCCUCAGAGGUUCCACAGCAGCUGCACGCCUGAGAACACGUCUCCCGUCUCGACAGUUGUGCUGUCUGUGGUGCCAGACUGGACGGCGAAUCGCCUGCUGCUCUUCAUGGCGGACCAGGAAACGCUUCUGAGCGUGCCGCUACCGUUUGUGGAACGCGUGGGUACCCUGACCGACGCCAAGCAGCACGAGGAAGACGGUCGAGAAGGGAGUGACGUUGCUGUGGGACCUUCUGCUCCUAGAGGCGAAGUGGAUGUUCCAUUGUCGUCGCCCUCGACUGCCCAUGACCGCCACGCCACAUCGCAGGAGGCUCAAGCAGGUGGCAUGAUCCAGUAUUUCAAGGGUGCCUCGAUGCAGCUCUGGGGCUCAUCCGCACCCUUACACUUUUUUCACUUGGACGCCUCCGGCGGCGAGGCCGCCAGAGCCCCACCAGUGCUUAGUGCAUCACCAACGGAGGCGCAGACGUCUCCAGCUGGCGACCGCGCAGAGACACCGUUCUCAGAGACGACGGCUGUGUCAUCAUCUGCUACCGUCGCAGUCAGCAGCCGCGAGUCUCACCGCUUCUUCAGCUUAACACGCCCACUAAUGGCCGCUUUUUAUUGUCUGUCAGGCGAGCACGAAGAGUCAGCGUCGCCGGCCGUCGGGGAGAUGCCACUCAAGGCGUUAGUGCCGAGCGUGACACGGGAAGCGAAAGCUGCUGGCAUCCCGCUGUCUGUGCCGCCGAUGCAGCAGGCCAGCAGUGGUGCCAUCGGCUCUCCUCCUGCGUGUGCAUCGCCUCUGGAUGUCUCUGCUGCUGGUCAAUGCAGCAGCAGUCAGCGCCACCACCGCCGCGGCUCCUCGUCGGAGAGCAGCAGAGCCGGGAGCUCACGCCACCGCCUCACGCGCAAGCCGCAAUUCACGAGCAACGGCGCACCUGCAAGCUCUGCGGCAGCCGCGCAUGCUGUCAUCGUCGAAGAUGGCGCCGCGGCGAGGGCGUCAUACAUAUCAGCGCAGAUAGCUCUUCUGAGGGAGGGGUCCGAGACGCGGGGAGGCCGUGGAACCUCAGAGACUGGAGUCGUUGCUGACGAGAACCACGGCGCACGACACGAGCCCGCCUCGACCGUGUCACAAUGGCAGUAUGCGCUGUGCCGCAUCGCCGAAGUGGAGGAGCCGCUGGAGCGCAACGCGUUGCUCUAUGGAUGGAAGGAUGGGCACAAUGACCUGUACAUCCGCUUCUCGGUAGAGCGGGACGAGCUGCGGCAGCGGGAGGCGGCCGACGAGGACAGCCACGCAGGUUCUCCUUCACCACGGGGUGAGAGCGGUUCCAUCUCGCCUGAUGCGUCGAGGCACAGCCGCCGGACAGCCAGGCCACGCCUGACCCUCGGCCGGCCAGCAGACGUGGAGAACGGCGUUCGCUCAAUGGGCUUUCUCUCGCAGUACAACACUGUUGUGCACAGGCGCGCCGCAACAGCAAGCUACGGCAAUUGUUUCGACUUUAGCUCGUACUUUGUCACCCUGCAAGUGCCGCAACACAUGCUGGACGCUCAGGAGCACGACAAGUACCGGUUGGAAGUGGAGGACUUGCGUCUGCAGCAGGCCAGAGACUUGGCGAACCUCCACCCCUACGAUAUGGUGACCAUUUUCCAGAACGAAGAGCGGACAUCUUCCAAGGAUGCAGCAUGGCGGCCGCACGCCACCUUCCCCUACGACGAUGCGCAAGACGGUCAUGCCGUCGACCUGCAGCAGCUCAACCGCACUGCCGUAAGAGACCCCGCUGCGGCCGCGGUGUCGGAGUGGCGGUGGGCCGAUGCUUCGGAGGCGAGGGCGUGGUCGAACGAACACGAUUUUGCGCGAGCCUCUACAAACCGUAUCAAGAGCCUCGUAAAAGAACUGAAGGACUGGGAGGUGGGGCCUUGGGCCUACGCCACGCGAUGGCCGUCCAGAGAGGAAGAGCUGCGAGGCGACCGUGGCUUCGUCUGGAGCUCUUCCGAGGCCCCUGAGCACACGUGUCGCCGUCGCCGACUUACCCGCCUUCGUGUCAGCAUUGCCGAGCUGAAGCGUCAGACGGAGCUCAUGGCGUCUCACCAGCGAGAGCUGGAGGAGCUGCGAGAGGCGCUGGGGUUGUAG